AAGGGGAGAACUGGUGGCCUGGCUUGGCCUUGCAUAACGCACGUUUGAGUGCUGCAGGCAGGGCUCAGAGCUCAGCGCUCCUGUGUGACACACGGGGCCCGGCGGGGCAGGGGGCAGUGCCUGACCACAGCCAUGACUUAGAGCAGGAAGGGCCAUUGGUUCACGCCGGCCACACCGCUGUGCCUCCGUAAGGUGUCAGGGUGUCUUUGUGCCUGUGUGGCUCCUGUGGGAACAAGGGAGAGACUGAGAGAGCGACUCAAAUGGCCUCUCUGAACAACAUGGUUCUUCCUGCAGUCCUGGAGACUCGCUCUCAGAGGGAAAUGAUUCCACAUGAAUUGCAUGGACCGCUCUCCCACAGCAGGUGUGACUUCCAUUGCUUAAGACUGAAAUCUGUGUCCAUCCAACCUUAGGAACAGGACAUUUCCCCUCUCACCACCACUCUCCUCUCUACCCCAUCCCCAUCCUCGCUCCGAGCCAAUCAGUGAGAGGGCACACUCUGUUAGCAAGACAAACUAAGACCAAGAGGGAGUGGAAAAGAGCCAGAAAAGACAGGGGGAAGCGUGGUACAAGAUUCUCAGACACCAUGAAGUCAAACCAGGAGCGGAGCAAUGAAUGCCUGCCUCCAAAGAAGCGUGAAAUCCCAGCAAGCACUCUGCCAUCAGAGGUUAGGCCUAUGGUGAUGGCGCCUGCAAGUGAUAGCCAGCGUGGGGGGAACCUGGCCUGGCUUGCCAGUCUGGCAAGCGGGCAUGACAGAGGGCGGCAGCACAUCAGCACCUCCGCAGAACCUGAGGGGCCUCAAUACAAACCAUUGUCAGCCAUGGCUGAAAGCGCACCUUCCUCAUCCACGCACUCAACCAGAGCUCUACCUACAGUGACCACAAUACCUGCAGUGUACACGUCACCCCUCUCUCAGCCUACUGGCACCAUCCAGUACACACCCCUGCCUCAUAAUCUACAUUUCAUCAGCUCUCCGUAUACUGCACCAUAUGCUGGCUACAUCUCUCCGCUAGUUCCCCAUUCGUCUGCCACCACUACCACACAACGUGAGGUUUAUGCCGGCACCUCCAUUUCUCCAGUAUCUAAAAUUGACCAUCACCAUCAUUUGGGCCGUUCAGGCCUGGUCACAACUGACAACACCUCUUCAGCCCACUCCACCCAAUACGUCCACAUUGCUGGUUCUCCUCUAAGCGUAUCCCCUCGGACUGCUCCAUCACCCCAUGCUCACUUGCCUCUACACUUACACCCUCACCACACGCUCCCCCUCAGUGGCCCCUCGCAGGUCUUAGUUCAGUACACAGAUGGACUUUUACCCAAGAGAGAGGAGACGAGGUCCAGGGUGGUGCUGAACGGAGAGCUGGAAAAGGACAGACGCUUUGGUCCAUCUCCCGAGUCCAGUGCAGGGAAGCAGGGCAGCACUGCCAAAGGGGGUUCCUCCUCCCAUCAGCACCACAUUCACCAGCAGCAGAGCCCACGUCACUAUGAGGCUCGGCAUGUGGUGCUACCUGCUGAAUAUGCGCAGGACAGUACAGCCAUGCGGACCUCGUUGGUGCUGGUUCCAAACAGUCAUAGCUCCAGUGUUGCUGAUCCCGGAGGUUCACUGGACAAGCUGCCUCCCCCAACAUCCCACACUGAAAAAGGAGGGAUUUGUGCAGGCAGACCUGUGUCCCGCAGUUCUUCCUCAUCUGUCUCCCUUCCAUUUCCUCCUCCCCCUCCACCACCUAUGGACAAUCUGAAGGGAGCAGUUGCCACACUGUCUCCCCAUGCAGUUAUCCAGACCACGCAUAACACCACAGAGUCACUCUCCCUGGGCCUCCCCUCCACCAAUUUCUACUCCACCCAGCAGCCCAUCAUUGGUUACAUUGCCGGCACAGGGCACCAGCAACCUCUCAGCUACCACACCAGCCUACCCCAGCACCUGGUCAUCCCUGGAACUCAGCCGGUCAUCAUCCCAGUAAGUGGAACCGAAGCUACUGCUACAUCGACCACAACGCACUUGUCUGCGGCACUGCCCCAUGCUUUCGUCACCUCAACGGCCCCCAAAGUGGAGAAUUUUGAACCUCCGGCUCUAUAUUCCCACCCUGCCCCAGCUGUGGUUCAAGCCCAGCUGCAUCUGCCUGUGGUUCCAGCCCCUGCCAGCCUGCUGACGACUCCACCACCACCCUCAGCCCCUUCCCUGCCCCCUUACUUCACAAAGGGCUCCAUCAUCCAGUUGGCAGAUGGGGAACUAAAGCGGGUAGAGGACCUGAAGACGGAGGAUUUCAUACAGAGUGCUGAGAUCAGCAAUGAGCUGAAGAUUGACUCCAGCACUGUAGAGCGUAUCGACAGCAGUCAUACACCUAACUUCGCUAUUAUACAGUUUGCUGUAGGAGAACAUCGCUCACAGGUCAGCGUGGAGGUUCUAGUAGAGUAUCCUUUCUUUGUGUUUGGCCAGGGCUGGUCAUCCUGUUGUCCAGAACGGACUAGCCAGCUGCUCGAGUUGCCAUGCACCAAGCUUUCAGUGGGUGACGUCUGCAUCUCCCUCACCCUGAAAAACCUGAGGAACGGCUCCAUUAAGAAGAGCCAGGGGCAAGUCUUGGAUGCGCCUACCCUUGGUCCACCCCUUAAAUCACCAAAAGCACUCUCAAGCGGCACACGUGGAGGUGUUCGGCACACAGAACAGGAAAAUGGACUUGGGCAAUGUGUAGAUCAGAGAGGUGGAGGCGGUCAAGGCAAUAGAGAGAAUGGAGAACUGAGGUUUGGCGAAAGAGACAUCUGCAAAGCACCACCGCUCACUGAAUCAGAGUCUGGCGGUAAACCCACAGGCCGUAAAAGGAGGUGGUCGGCCCCUGAGGGCUGCAAAGUAGAAAAUCCUGAAGGAGAGCCCCCUUUAACGUUCCCCAAGCCUUCCUUCAUCCCUCAAGAGGUUAAAAUCAGUAUCGAAGGCAGAUCAAAUAUUGGCAAGUGAACACGUAUUGGACUGUCAGAUUUUAAAAGCAAAAUUUGCCCUCAGAAUGUUUUUUUAUUUUUAGUUCUGAUUUGAUUUUCUAUCCAGAUUACUAUACUUAAAGGCUAAAUUGACUCGGUGUGUACAUGAUCACUUCUAACAUUGUAAUAGAUGCAUUCAAUAUUACACAAACAAUUGGUGCAAUUCAUUUGAUUGGUCAAAAUCAGGGCAGAUGUAGUCCAAGGUGAGAAAGUAAUGAGACAACUGAGCACUGCAUGAUAUCCUGAAGGCUUCAGUAUAUACAAUCAGUCACAGCUAACAAGGCUAAGUCUCUCUAGUCUCUCACCUAUGAUGUCCUAAGACAAACUUGGUUCAACUACACCUAGUGGCAAUUUAAACAUUCAUCUGCUGAGUGAACCUGAAAAUGUUAGUAAGGGAAGAUGAACAACUGGUGUGAAUAAAAAUAGCUAAUGGUGGCAGAACGGAAAUCACUCCUCCACUGGUUGCAGGAGUUUACAUGAUGUCAGCCAUCUUGUUUAACUGUGACUAAAAGAGACUAUCCAAAUCAAUCCUAACAAUAUAGAGCAGCAUCGUCAGCGCAGUUAGACUAGCAUAGAUUAUAUUAACAUUUAUUGAAAUGCAAGAAGAGGUUUCCAAAUACUAUGGUACCGGCCAAGAGAGAUGAUGUCAUUGAGCGGGGACAGUUGCCCCAUUGAAAGACGAAACUAUAAUUUUAAACAGGGAAGAUGGACGAGUCUAUUUUUAUAUAUCCAACUGUCUAACCUUUUAUUUAACUAUUUUUGUAGGUUUGCAUGUUUUAAUUUUCUGUCUCACUUUUCAAACCCUCCCAUCAUACCUUGAUGGGUAGAUUUUUCUUGUUUUUUUGUGAUGAAUGUGUAAACCUUGCAAUCAGGGGUAAUUUUUUACGUAGACACAGGAUGGGUUCUUUCUUGAUGCAUACAAACACAGUGGUGAGUAGUCCCUUGUUUUUAGUGCCGUCUCACCUGUUUUUUGUUCAAACAAAAGAAAGUAGAUUAUUUCGAAAGAAAGAGAGCGAAAGUUGUCUGAGGAGGAUGAGAUGAGUGUUGUCCUGAAGCACUUAGUUAACACCUGUCAUGCUCACUAGCUGAUAGUCAACUGAGUCAAAUGAUGAUGAUUAUUAUAUUAAUUAUUACUAUUAUUAUUACUGCUACUACUAUUUUCUGUUGAUCUUUUAACAUGAACACCGUACUGUAUGCUGUAUCAUGAAUUGGAUGUUGUGUGGCACUCUGUGGGAAGGUGAUUUGCUCACAAGGGUCGCCGUGAAAGGAUGAAUGUAACAGUUGAUGCAAGAGCAAACAAUGAGAUUUUGUCCCCAAGAGGACUGCUUUAAAGGAAGCACUUUUUUCAUUGCGUCUGAUUGGCUUAGCCAUCUGAAGCAAGUGGACGGCUUGAGUAAAGACGGGCACAAGAGGCCGUGGCCCUUUAAACAACUGCCAUUUAAGUCAUUUAAAGCAAAAAGAGUCAUGAAAGUGUGAAUGCAGAUGGAAAUAAAUACAGAGACUUGUUUAUAUAUUUACAAGAGAUAUGAGAGUUGACGUGAAAGUGAGAAACUGGCUACAGAAAUCUUUGGAUGAUCGAAGGGUGUCAUAUACCUGUUUGUUAGCAAUGUAUGUGGUCGUGCACGCAUGCGAGUUUGUGUGCAGCUGCGCACAGGCUUAUACACAUGUACACGGUUACGGUAAUUUUCAAUCAUGUUGAAAUAUGUCAUGUAUUUUUUUGUACAUUAACAUGUAUAGAGCUGCAAAUGCUAUAUCUAUCUUACUGUAUGAGAGCGUAAGACUACAUGAGCACGUUUUUAGUCCCGUCCCCCAAGACUCAUCGAACGUAUGUGAAAA